AUGAUUGGGAAAGAGCCACAUACAGAGAGUGUAACAAUGUCAAUGUUUAGACUUGAUGGACAAGUGGCAGUGAUCACUGGCGCGACACUGGGAAUUGGACUCGCAUACGCUGAAGGAUUAGCAUCAGCUGGAAUCAAACAACUAAUUUUGACUUAUCGAUCCCAAGAAACAUUCGAUUCAGCAGUGGUCAAAAUCAAACAAUUCAACCCUGAUGUCAUUAUAAGUUCCAUAUAUGUUGAUUUUCUUGCCAUGCCCGAAGAUGAAAUUAUUGAGUUGAUUUAUAAUGAAUCCUACACUAAAUCUACAACAGGUACAAUCGAUAUCUUAAUCAACAAUGCAGGUAUUAAUGAAAGACACCCCGUUGAAAUAUUCCCUCAGGACAAAUUUGAUAAUGUAAUCAAAGUUGAUCUAAACAUCCCCGUGAAGUUGACUCGUCGUAUAGGUACCAAGAUGCUAGAGGUAGGGACAUGUGGUAAGAUUGUCAACACAUCGUCAGUACUAAGUUUCCAAAGUGGUGUGUAUACCGCCGCAUACACAGUAGCUAAAGGCGGAUUAAAAAAUUUCACCCAAGCAGUGGCUAAUGAAUGGAGUGCAAGAGGCAUUCGAGUCAAUUGCUUGGCUCCUGGAUAUGUGGCUACUAAUUUGACUGAUUCGAUGUCAAAGGAAAACCGUGAUUUGGUUAGUAAGAGGAUUCCAGUGGGGAGAUGGGGCAAAUGUGAGGAGUUUAGAGGACCCAUUGUGUUUUUGUGUAGUGAGGCGUCGAGUUAUAUGACGGGGCUGACUUUGGUUGUUGAUGGUGGAUGGUUGGGCCGGUGA